UGCAAGAAGGUCACGUCAUGGAGCUAAUUUCGUCCUUUGCUUGCGAAGAUGACGAUGAAGAAUUUUCUUUGCGUGGAUUAGAUAUUGCACCAGCAGAAUCUACUGCUUUGUUCAAUUUUCUUAGUCACAUCAGGAAUUUAAAGAAGCUUCAAAUCUACAAAUGUUCAAUGACGAACAUUGCUAUUCGUGGAUUGGGUGAGUUUUUGAGAAACGAUAGCCAUACUCUGAAGGUUAACAACUGCAAACUUAAUGAACUAAGUGUUGGUUACAAUAGUCUUACAGCUGAAGGUGCUAAAUGUUUAAGUGAUGCCCUGAAGAGCAACAAUUGCAAACUCACUAAACUAGACGUAAGAGGAAAUGAUUUAAAGGCUGAUGGUGCUAAAUAUUUGAGUGAUGCUCUGAAGAGUGACAACUGCAAACUUACUGAACUAGAUAUAAGAGGCAAUGCUUUAACAAUUAAAGGCGCGGAAUAUUUAAGUGAUGCUCUGAAGAGUAACAAUUGCAAACUUUCUAAAUUGAAUUUAAGAGACAAUGAUAUAGAAGAUGAUGGUGCUAAAUAUUUAAGCGAUGCUCUGACAAGCGACCAAUGCAAACUAAUUGAACUAGAUGUAAGAGGCAAUACUUUAACAAAUAAGGGUGCUGAAUACUUAAGUGAUGCUCUGAAGAGUGUUAAUUGCAAACUUACUGAAUUGGAUGUAAGUGGCAAUUGUUUAACUGCCGAAAGUGCUAAAUAUAUAAGCGAUGCUCUGGAGAGUGAGAACAGCAAACUAACUAAACUAGAUGUAAGUGACAAUUGUCUAAAAGCUGAAGGUGCGAGAUUUUUAAGUAAUGCUCUGGUGAAUGCCAACUGCAUAAUCACUAAACUAAAUAUAAAAGGCAAUGGUUUAACAGCUCAAGGUGGUAAAUAUUUAAGCGAUGCUCUGAAGAGUGACAACUGCAAACUUACUGAACUAAAUGUGAGAGCGAAUGAUUUAAUGGCUGAAGGUGCGAAAAGUUUGAGUGAUGCCCUAAAGAGUAAAAACUGCAAACUUACUGAACUAGAUAUCAGUAACAACGAUCUAACAGCUGAUGGUGCUCAAUAUUUAAGUGGUGCUCUGAAAAGUGACAACUGCAAGCUUACUGUACUCUAUGUUAGUCGCAAUAGUUUAAAAGCUAAAGGUGCCCAAUAUUUAAGUAAUGCUUUGAAGCUUCACAGCUGUAAACUUAUUGAGCUAUAUAUAAGUCACAAUGGCUUAACAGCCGAAGGUGCGCUAUAUUUAGGUGAUGCUCUAAAGAGUGACAACUGCAAACUUGCCCAACUUCAUGUAAAAUCCAAUGGUUUAACAGCUAAAGAUGCCGAUUAUUUGAGUGAUGCUAUCAAGAAUAAAAACUGCGAACUAAUUUUAUAAGCUACAGGGUGUCUCAAAAUAUAAGAAACUGGAUAUCUGUAGCCUUGUUAUCGCUUCGAAAGAAAAUGGUACAGUACAUGUAUGUGCGACAAGCAUGGGAUGUUGGCAAAAAUUGUACAGUAUAUGUAUGUGCGGCAGGCAUGGGCUGUUGGCAGGUGACUUUGCACGUCGAUGCACUUAAUCCCCACAUGCUUCAUGGAACACGGAAAAACUUUUUUCUAGUUUGGUGAUUGAAGACGAAACAU